AUGGAUCCCGCCGGUCCAUUCUUCUACAACGUCACCGAGGAACACCGCCUCGACCCUUCCGAUGCUGAGUUUGUUCAAGUGAUCCACACCGACGCCUGUUCCAUCCUCACUGUAGGUAUAGUGCUCGGGGAAGGCCGGAGCGAGGGGAAGGGUGGACACUUGACGAUUUGCCUGGGAAUGAGGAUGCAAAUGGGCCACGUGGAUUUCUAUCCCAACGGUGGGAAAUACCAGCCAGCCUGCUCCUUUGGCUUCACGGGUGCAGGGGAGGCGCGGGGCUGCAAUCACGACGUGGCGCAGAAAUACUGGCUGGAAAGCAUUAACGGAGAGACUCCCUUCCUGGCACAUCCGUGCCAAGACUGGGAUGCCUUCCAGGCCGGCCUGUGCGACACGUGCGGGAAGGGCUGCCUCCAGAUGGGCUUCCACGUGAACAAAAACCUAACGGGGACUUACUACCUGAGGACAAACAGCGCCUCGCCCUUCGCUAUGGGUUAGCCGUCUGCACCCAUGCACCCAACCAUUUACCCCACCCGCCACACACACACGUACUACGUACAGGCAUAACCUUGUAGCAUGGGAACCUUAUGAUGUUGAGAUGAGCGCUACUUCCAACAGACAUCAGAAUGAGACUGGAAUGUUCACGCAAUCUCCUUCGACCACCGUCAACAACAAUUUUCAAGUAGCACUCCGCCAGACCUCCUCUCUUAGCACUCAUUACAAUAUGACAAAUUGUGACAAUAAGCUUGAUUACAUUAACGUUAAAAAAGAGAGAAGGAGAGAGAAAAGAUCUGUGCUGUCACUUAAUGAACGGUGUGGAGGAGUGGUGCUGAUAUAACCAAGGAUACAGUCUUCGUGUGUUAUUGUACGUUCAGUUAUAAACGUUCUGGUUUUGAUUACGUGUAUUGUAGGACGACGAACCAAGACUAUUAUUUCGUAAUUCAAGAACAAGUAAGUCAUGCUUUCAUUAGGAUUCAACACAAAAGCCUUCCGCUGACAAGUUCAAACGUCUACUGCCUUAGGUUAGUGCAUGCAAUACAAGAUAGGAAUAAGUACUUGUAUAUUUAUUACUUUGCCUACAAUCGACCCAUGUACGAGUGAAUGAUUUAAGUAUGUCUUGUACGUACUUGGGCAAGAGACUGAGCAGACAUGGCAGGUAAAGUUUCCACGAUAUGUUAGUUUCCUUUGUAUUCAUUUUUAACAUUUCAAUACUGAGACUCAUGUUUAUCUUGUGAUUUGUGUACGAUUAGACCAUUUCAUUUACAUUAGGAAGGGUCUAUGGAGGUCAGUAGAUUGAUGGCCAGAUUCUUCACUAUUCUAAUCCCCGACAUAAGUUUCUGAAGCUGUAUAAAAUCACCAAAUAGUAAGCAGAAUGAAUAUGCAAACGCGUCAUAGUAUUGAAGGGAUUAAGCUUGUGUUCUUAGGUAGAGGAUUGUGUUUUCGUCUGGCAGAAUAACCACACGGAAGGACGACAAGAGAACACGUCCUUACACCAACAGAUUAUUAUUAUCAUUUUAUUUUCCGUACGAUUUACAAUGAUGAACACAAAGUACAGGGACAACAAAACCCUUCCUCUAAUAAACAUAGACCACCACUGCCGCACGAGGGAAACCAUCCGUCUUGAGUGCUUUGUAGAUUUUGUGCUGUUCUAAAAUGGUCACCGCUGCACUGUUAAGUAGGCAUACGGCGAGCGAAUCUGUGCCGUACGAGAAGCUGUAUGUCGCAACUCUAUGGGUUUGCUCGAAGAAGAAGAAGAAGAAGAAGAAGAAGAAGAAGAAGAAGAAGAAGAAGAAGAAGAAGAAG